GCAGAAAGCGAUUGUGGAGCGAACCGAACAGAAUGUAUUCUGACUACUGUACAGAAAAGGGCAAGGACCUUCGCCUACCCGGAAAAACUAUCCCGGACUCUACGCCAUUUUAUAAAAUACAAUUGUCAUAAAUUUUCGAUUCCGGAACUGUCUGACAGUAAACGCAGCGUACUGCCGAAGCGAGCCAAAAUGGAAAAUACUCCACCGCUAGCGAAAAAGGAAAGAAAUCUUUUUCUAUAAGUUUCUCUCUCUCAUUUCGUUAAAUCGUUGUGCCAACUCAGUUUUUCGCGCCUCUAAGUCACUCCAAAUCGAUCACACAGUCCUUAAUUUGUUUAUCGUUUGGAGGGCCUGAGUCAACUCGGUCAACAAUCACAGUCCUAUGUUUUUGUUUGUGAGCUUCGUGUCGUUGAUUUUCCAUGGAAGCAGUGGUUGAAGUUCAGGGGAGUGAUGAAGGGAAAUUUGUAGAGACUGCCCUUGAGAAAAGUAACUUGGUUUUAUCUUCACCAAGGCAUGUUGCCGAUCCGGUUGUUUACAAGCUUGUUCGGGUUGAGGGGGAUGGGAGAUUAGUGCCUGCGACAGAUGAUGAACUCAUGGAGGUUGAGGGUUUGCUGGAAAAUGAAAAGUGUGAAACCCAUAUUGUUGCAGACACUGGACAUGCAUUAGUUUGCACUUCUAAUGAAGCAUCAUCCUCUGGCAUGCCUCAGUUAGAAAGCUCAGAAGGUUUGUCACAAUCUGAGAACACAGAAGCUGAUACUGCAAAAUUAAGUGCAUGCCUUGAGGAAAUGGUCCCUUCUGGGGCACAGAGCUUGAGUGACGAUCAUGUUACUCAAUCUGUGAGUGUUGUGGAGGGCUCAAAACCUCUGGAUGGGCCAAUAGAAGGUGGAUCAUCAACUUCUGCCAGCUGUAUUAGUUUAAAACCUGAUUUUUCCAAGUUGAAGGGUGAAAUAUGCUUGGAUAAUUUAUCAAUUAAAGAACUUCAUGAAGUUUUUAAGGCAACAUUUGGGCGAGACACUACUGUCAAGGACAAGCAGUGGCUUAAAAGAAGGAUUGCCAUGGGAUUGACUAAUUCUUGUGAUGUUUCAACUACAACUAUUGUAAUUAAAGACAAUAAAUUGGUGAAAAAGGGUAAAGUAGAUAGUUCUAACAAUGUGGAUCUUGGUACUGGCAAAGAACACCCAGCAAUUGGAGUUGAAUACCAUGAGGUAUCGCUGAAUAACCAUGGCAUUCAAAUAGAUGAACAUCAAACUACUUCUGGGACGAGAUUGGAAAAUAAUGAUCUGGAAAACAAUUGUGCAAUUGAAGAUCUUGCUGUAGAUCAGAGAGCUGCAAAGAGAGUUAGGAAGCCAACAAAGCGGUAUAUUGAAGAACUUUCUGAAGCAAAGUCCAAAGAGGAUGGUGGCAGGUUAAUUACUUCAACAAAAAACAUUGGAAUUAGACCCUCGGUGUUAAAAUCUCAUGCUAGGCCUGCUAGAAAUGCGUCCUUAGAAGGGAGAACUGUUAUCAUAAGGUUGGAUUCCCUUGGAGGAUCUGGAAUUCAGGUUCCGUGUGUUUAUCGGGUUCGAAGAAGCCGGCCGAGGAAGAAUGUCAUGGCUCUUUUGAAAUACCAUCCCAGUGAUAUGGGCAUGACAGCUACAUUUGUUAGGAAGGGACUUGAUGUACGUAGUUCUCAAAUGGACAAUGGGAGUCUGAACAAAGUUUUGGAAGCCAACUCUACUUCUGAGCAAACCCCACAACAGUUUGUAACUGAAUCCAAGAAAGAGAAGCCAUCAGCUGAGCUGGGGCAGAAUAUGGCGCCAAAAUAUGUAGAUCCAUCUGGAGAUACUUCAGAUGAUAAAGUUGUUACUGUACCAACCGCAAAAGGUGGAACUAGAAGGAAACAUCAUCGAGCUUGGACUCUCUCUGAGGUUAUGAAGCUAGUUGAGGGUGUGUCUAAGUAUGGAGCUGGCAGAUGGUCUGAGAUUAAAAGGCUUGCCUUUGCAUCCUAUUCAUAUAGAACCUCUGUUGAUCUCAAGGACAAAUGGAGAAAUCUGCUGAAAGCUAGCUUUGCCCAGACACCUGCAGACAAAGGGGUAAAUUCACGGAAACACCCUUCAAUGCCUAUCCCUGCACCAAUUUUAUUACGCGUGAGAGAGCUUGCUGAGAUGCAGGCACAGGUUCCACCACCAAAUCUUGGUGUGACCAAGCAGGCUGUCUGCGAUGACAGAAGUGUAAAUGAAGCAAGACCAGGAUACUUGUAACAUUGUAAAUAAUACUAGAUUUUACUUGUGUAAAAUAGAAAUAAGAUUGCUCUAAUUCUCUGUACUAUCUAGGAAAACUGUUUUCUUAAUGAUUUUGUCCGGAUGGGCAGCAGGCAAGGGAGUUUGUUUAUCAUAUGCUGUGCUAACUUCGUGUUCUCGGUGUUUGAACCAGAAUGGCAUUUCAAUUCAACUUAUGGAGUUGAGAACUAGGGACUGGUGAAUCAUCAUUCGAGCUGUCACGUUCCAAUGUCCAAAUGACUGGUAAAGAUGGAGAGGUCCUUAUUUGGUCUAGGGCUGUUGUCUUGUUUUUUAACCAAUGGGCUACCAACGACUCUCAAAUGAUUAAUUCUCCACUGUUGACAACUGAAACCAACACUUACAAAAUCAUCAAAACUAGAAUGAACUAUGAUCUUGAAGAAAAGAAAAUGGUGAUGAUCCUCGUUUGGAUUUGAAAAAAGAUUUAACAUUUUCGGGGUUUCGGUUCUUAUCUCUGCAGAUCUGUACCAAUCUUUACUUCCUUAUUUAUUGUGAGUUAAACCAAAUUACUACUGUAACCUACUAUUCAAAUUAUUGAAUCUGAUAAUUUUAAAU